CUCUACCAUCACCAGUUUCUUCAUUCUCGUAGAACACAUCUCCCCUCAAUCCUCCUUCUGCAAAUUUAUCAGGUUCAUUCUUUGAUAAACCGCAAAAAUGGGUGCCGCCGUCGAAGAUAAGAAGUCCUUCAUGGGCAUGCCCGGCUUCGUUGUCGAUUUCUUGAUGGGUGGUGUCUCCGCCGCCGUCUCCAAGACUGCUGCUGCUCCUAUCGAGCGUGUCAAGCUCCUGAUCCAGAACCAGGAUGAGAUGUUGAAGUCUGGUCGUCUCGACCGCAAGUACGACGGUAUCUCUGAGUGCUUCAAGCGUACCAUCAACCAGGAGGGUGUCGCUUCCCUCUGGAGAGGAAACACCGCCAACGUCAUCCGUUACUUCCCUACCCAGGCCCUUAACUUCGCUUUCCGCGACACCUACAAGGCCAUGUUCGCCUUCAAGAAGGACCGUGAUGGUUACGCCAAGUGGAUGAUGGGUAACCUCGCAUCCGGUGGUGCUGCUGGUGCCACUUCCCUCCUCUUCGUCUACUCCCUCGAUUACGCCCGUACUCGUCUUGCCAACGAUGCCAAGAACGCCAAGAGCGGUGGUGACCGCCAGUUCAACGGCUUAGUCGAUGUUUACAAGAAGACCCUCGCUUCCGAUGGUAUUGCCGGUCUUUACCGUGGUUUCGCUCCCUCCGUUGUUGGUAUCGUCGUCUACCGUGGUCUCUACUUCGGAAUGUACGAUUCCAUCAAGCCAGUUCUCCUCGUCGGCCCUCUUGAGGGUAACUUCCUUGCUUCUUUCGCUCUCGGAUGGUCUGUCACCACUGGUGCUGGUAUCGCUUCUUACCCUCUGGACACUAUCCGUCGUCGCAUGAUGAUGACCUCUGGCGAGGCCGUCAAGUACAAGGGCUCCUUCGAUGCUGGUCGCCAGAUCAUCGCCAAGGAGGGUGUCAAGUCUCUCUUCAAGGGUGCUGGUGCCAACAUCCUUCGUGGUGUUGCCGGUGCCGGUGUCCUGUCCAUCUACGAUCAGAUGCAGCUGAUCCUUUUCGGAAAGGCCUUCAAAUAGAUAACUCGACCAUAAGUAGUAGUCGAUAAAAAUGGAGUGUGACGGAGGGUUCUGAUAAUGGUGUGCCGCGGUGGACGUUGUUGUUGGGAGCCGAGUGGAUAAGUUGUUGCAGACAUCCAUUGCCAUGGUUCUGGAGCAGCUUGCGGUUGUUAAGGGUAGACCUUGAUGCUGCUGUACUUUAUAGCCUACGCAAUUUUUUCCUGAUGUAUUUCUCUUGACUUUUGAUAACGAUCAAACACCCCACUGGAUUUUACUUUUUUCUCUUCGUUGGCUGUUUUGCGCGCACAUGCGACGAUAGAUAUGGGACUUGAUUAUGAAAUAGAGAGGCU